CGACGCGCGGCGACAAGAUGGCGGACAAAGAGAAAAAGAAGAAAGAAAGCAUCUUGGACCUGUCUAAGUACAUCGAUAAGACCAUUCGAGUGAAGUUCCAGGGUGGCCGGGAAGCCAGCGGUAUCCUGAAGGGCUUUGACCCACUGCUCAACUUGGUACUGGAUGGGACCAUGGAGUACAUGCGAGACCCUGAUGACCAGUACAAGCUGACGGAGGACACUCGGCAGCUGGGGCUUGUCGUGUGUCGUGGCACCUCGGUGGUGCUCAUCUGCCCGCAGGACGGCAUGGAGGCCAUCCCCAACCCCUUCGUGCAGCAGCAGGACACUUAGCAGCAAUGGAGGGCGGCCCAGCCCCAGGGAUCUUCCUUCUAUGGGGCGAACUUCUGUGUGAUGUUUUGGUCUUUUGUUCUUGUUUUGUUUUAUUAUUAUUUUUUAAUAAAAUUGCCCAUGUGAGCAUCCCCCUC